CGUCGCGGUGGCGUGACGGAAGAAGGAAUUCCGCUGGAACUGCUGUCGCGCGCCACGUCGACGAAACAAGUCGUGGCCGAGGACUACGGGGCCAUAGACAAGACAUAUCGUUUCCACGCUGCAUGUGAGCAUGCUCUGGAAGUCUCAAUAGGACCUUGACCACCCAUACAUACGUCCAUCCACGAAUGCACACCUACGGCCGACUGCAACCUGGACGGAACAUCACAUGCACGCCGUCUACGACGUAACGACUCAGUUACGGCGAGACGUCGCCGAAAAGAUGCGAUGGUGCGGCAAGUCGAAGACGCGACUCAAGCCAAGAGCGCGCCACAGAAGGGUCUCGGGAACGAGUGGCGGCGACGAAGCAUCCUGGCCGAACGGAGAAACGAACGACAGGCGACAGUUGAUGACAGUGCGCGCUGUAAAGCGAAGCCACUCUCGUUAUGUCAGCACCAGAGAGCUGUGACCGACACGAAAACGUUCUGGAGCGAGGCAUUGCAUGUUCAAGAGGUCAACCAGCAACCUUACCUGUCUGGUAAGUUUGGGAAGAGCGCCCCAUCUGGCGCUACAACAGCAGCAAGAUGCACACCGCCCUGCUUCGGAUGGCAACGCCCCUUCGCCACAUCUACGAAGAGCGCCAGAUCCUUCUUGCAUGCGCUCCCUUUUGCCGUCCUGCGGACCACGAGCACUUUCCUAUAGCGAAUCAACAGUCAUCGUCGAAGUUGCCGCCUCCCAUCGCCACCUUCAACGCGGGUCAACAGCACUUGAGUUGUCCACAGCAAUAACGAUCCUGCUCCUCCACUCACCGGACACAAGCCGGCGGUGCAAAAGGUCUUGUCCCACCGCGCUGUUCCUGGAGUAAAGUUGGACGUACUUUAGGAUAAAACGAGGGAUUCCGUCACAGAACAUGGACAGCUACGUGCGUUUGGAGUUCACGAAGGCGCCACUUGCAGCGAUACUGCCUCCAUUCGACCCGUGAUGCUCCCUGAACCAUUCGUGGCUGGGGCAACGGCCAAACUCGUCGAGUUUCACGGCGG